GUAGUCUCUCAGAGGUAGCAGAGGAGAGAGAGACACACACGGAGCCUGGCAACUAAUGGAUUACUCUCAGACUGUUGUGAACUACACAGCAGCCAAAUGCCAUUAACCACAAGGCAAAUUCAGUACUGACAUAUUGACACACAUUUAACUACAGCCUAUAACACCCUACAAGCUCUGAACACAUUUAGAUCACAUAACAUUUGAGACAGACAGUUCUAACACUGGUCUCUUGAUCUACAUUAGCGUAAACAGACACACUGAUUCAAUGAUCCCUCACACAAACACAGAAACAAUGGACAUGCAUGGACUUCACUGUUGAAUCAAAGGGACAAAGAUGUGAAUUGUGGUGAGGAUUUGGACACCUUUGUGAAACAUCACUGAAGAGGAUCACAAGCAAAAGCAUGGAAAGUAUCUCAGAGAAAACGGGUUGGGAUGGAUUAGGCCACUCCUCUCUGACAUCUGCGACGGCAGGAAGAAACAACCUCACUUCCUCCCUCUUCUCCGACUUCACGUCCCUCAACAGUUCUCAUGGAGGCGCAGGGUCCUACUAUUGGAUUAUCCCAGAGAACGCCUCAACCACCACACCCCAAGCCUUACCCCAGCCCAGGGUGAGGGAUCUGGGCCUGGCCCGGGCCGAGAUAGGGGUGCUGGGCCUGGUACUGGCCCUGACUACCCUGGGAAACGGCUUUGUACUGUGGGUGCUGCUUCGCAGGAGGAAACAAAACGCUCCCAUGCACCUGUUCAUGGUCAACCUGUGUCUUGCUGACCUGGUGGUGGCGCUGUUCCAGGUACUUCCCCAGCUGGUAUGGGACAUCACAGGAAGGUUCCAGGGGCCGGAUUUUCUGUGUCGCUCAGUAAAGUACCUGCAGAUCGUAGGGAUGUUCGCGUCCUCCUAUAUGAUCGUUGCCAUGACGGUAGAUCGGCACUAUGCCAUCUGCUGCCCACUACAAGCCUACCGUGGUGGGUCUGUGUCACGCUGGAACACCCCUAUCAUGACGGCCUGGGGCUUGGCCCUACUGCUCUCCAUACCACAGUUCUUCAUUUUCUCGCGGUCGGAGGUGUCUCCAGAAGAGUUUGAGUGCUGGGGUCACUUCGCUGAGCAGUGGGGGCUCAAGGCCUACAUCACCUGGAUGACCCUAGCAGUGUUCUUACUGCCAGCACUAAUCAUCACCGUCUGCCAGAUCCGGAUCUUCAGAGAGAUUCACAACAACAUCUAUCUGAAGUCAGAGAGGAUGGUGUCAGCAGAGCUCAAGAAAAACAAUGCUGUCAUCUUCCGCUUCCACAGAGUCAAAAAGGAGGACGGUAGAAUGACAAGGGAGCGGGGGAGAGGAGGAGGAGGGGGGAGAGGAGGAGGAGGAGAAGGUGGGAGAGGAGGUGGAGGAGAAGGGGGAAGAGGGGGGAGAGGAGGAGGAGGGGGAAGAGGAGUAGGAGAAGGACAGCUUCUGAAGACUAUGAACAACAACCCCUCCAGCUCCCCCUUCUCCCCCCUGUCUACAGCUGUGCCCCCAUCAGACUGCUAUGACUACCCGUCCCCCUGCCCACAGUGCAGCAGCAGUCACAAUGACCACACAGCAGCAGCAGCAGCAGCGCAGCAAAACCCCUUCAACAUCCCAGAUAACCUCCCCGUCCCCUCCAACCCUGUCCUUAGUGACCGAAGGGGCUCCAGUACAGCUGUAGUUCCCAGAUCACAUGGCUCCCAUGGCCCAGUCCCCUCUGGUGGAUGUAGUGGUGGUUCAGUGCCUCCUAACAAUGGCGGUUGCUACUGCCAUGAGUCCUACACCUCCUUCGAGCUCCCCUCCUCCGCCCGGCAUGUCCCCUCUCCACGCCCCUCCCUGGAGUACCCUCCCUCACCCCCGCCCCCCUUGGCCCUGACUCCCCCCUCCAUCUCCAAAGCCAUGUCUAAGACGGUGAGGAUGACUUUAGUGAUAGUGUUGGUGUACACAGUCUGCUGGUCCCCCUUCUUCAUCGUCCAGCUGUGGGCCGCCUGGGACCCCAACCCUCCAGACCAAGGCGUGGCGUUCACCAUCCUGAUGCUGCUGGCCAGUCUGAAUUCAUGUACCAACCCCUGGAUCUACACCUUCUUCAGCAGCUCUGUGUCCAGGGAGCUACAGGCCCUGUUACGCUGCAGACCAAGAACCCUGCGCAGGGGCUCCAUACCUGACGACUCCACCACCACACACACCUCCACCACCACACACACCUCCACCACCAAGGACAGCCUCUACUGACACACACACGUACGGUACCAGUCAAAAGUUUGGACACACCUACUCAUUCAAG